AUGUUCUUUGUUUGUAUGUACAUAUGUACAUGUGCUUUCUUUUGUAUUCUUGUCAUUUUUUUCUCUUUUAAGCUUUUUCUUUCUUUUCCUCAUUAUUUUUUCAACACCUCAUUCUUUCUCUCUGAUCCCAACAGAUUGUAUUAUAAAACUAGAGUUAAAGCUUUGAGACUGUAUUUUUCCCCUUUUUUAUAUUCUUCUUCUUCUUCUUCUUCUUCUUCUUCUUCUUCUUCUUCUUCUUCUUCUAAUUUCUUCUUCUUCAGUAUAAUGUUCUUCAUGUUCUUUAUCUCUAAGUUAAAGAUUUCUUUCUUUUCUUCUAUUUCACCCUCUUAUCUCAUUUGUCUUCCACUUUUCUGCAUUUUCCGUUCCUUUCUCCCCGCCAUUAUUCUCUCCUCCCGCUUUAUUACCUCCACACACACACACCACCAACCAACUGCUGCUGCAGUUGCUGGUAGCCUUGAACUAAAAUUUUCAGAUGUUCAAUUUUCUUCCUGA